UAAACUGAGAAAUGAUAGAAAGUUUAAUGAAUAUUUUAUAAUAUGUGGAAUAUAUUUUAAGAUUCUGGCGCUGGCUAAGCAAUUAGAUUGGUCCGAACGUCAAGUUGAAAGGUGGUUGCGAUUGAGAAGAGCUCAGGACAAGCCGUCGACGCUCACUAAGUUCUGCGAGAACAGCUGGAGAUGUUUGUACUACACCUAUUCCUUCAUCUAUGGGUUGAUCAUCUUGUGGAACAAGCCCUGGUUGUGGGACAUCAAACAUUGUUACUAUAACUAUCCUUAUCACCCUGUAUCGAACGAUGUUUGGUGGUAUUAUAUGAUAUCCAUGGCGUUCUACUGGUCGCUUAGUUUCUCACAGUUCUUUGACGUUAAGAGAAAGGAUUUCUGGCAGAUGUUCAUUCAUCACAUAGCCACGAUAGUAUUAAUGUGCUUCUCUUGGGUGGGCAAUCUUACCAGAAUCGGUACUUUGGUGUUGUUAGUGCACGAUUGUGCUGAUAUUUUUCUAGAAGCUGCCAAAAUGGCUAAAUACGCUAAUUACCAGAAAGUAUGUGAUUGUAUAUUCGUUAUUUUUACUGUACUGUGGAUUAUUACUCGCAUCGGUGUCUAUCCAUUCUGGAUAAUUCACAGCACGUCGAUAGAGGCACCUAAAAUAGUACCGAUGUUCCCAGCUUACUAUAUUUUCAAUUUCUUAUUAAUUUUACUAUUAAUACUUCACAUGAUCUGGACCUACUUAAUCUUAAAAAUCGCGUACAACGCUUUUUACGCUGGUCAAAUGGAAGGUGAUAUUCGUAGCAGCAGCAGCGAGGACAUCUCUGACAAUUCUUUAGAUUAUGCGCCGUUACAUAAUUCCGUGAACUCUACGCAAAAUUCUAGACAAAGGAUUCACUAACGUUUAAACGUACUCCUUAAGUCGAUAAGGAUUGAAAUAGCCAGGCGCUAAUUUAUUUCAGUGAAUUUUAAUAUAUCUCCUUGCAUUUAUUGUAGUACGAUAAUUAAU